AACGCUCUCUGUUUCCUAAUACUUGGCAUUCCUGGGAAGUUUCGGUCACGUUACGGAGCGGCUCGUGAGGCUCACCAUUUCGAUGGCUCCUCUGCUUCUGGUGCUGGUUCUGUGCAUACCCACCAUGGUUCUUGGUGGUCAUGACUAUGGGCAAGCUCUGAGCAAGAGCAUCCUCUUCUUUGAAGCUCAGAGAUCUGGCCAUCUCCCGUGGAACCAGAGGGUCUCCUGGAGGGCCAACUCUGGCCUUAACGAUGGCAAAGCCAGCGGAGUGGAUCUGGUGGGAGGGUAUUAUGAUGCAGGGGACAACGUGAAGUUUGGGCUGCCAAUGGCGUUCACGGUGACGAUGAUGUCGUGGAGCAUACUGGAGUAUGGGAAGCAGAUGGCCAAGAGCGGCGAGCUUGGCCACGCCAUGGAGGCCGUCAAAUGGGGCACCGACUACUUCAUCAAGGCCCAUCCUCAUCCCUAUGUCCUCUAUGGAGAGGUGGGGGAUGGGAACAGCGACCACUACUGCUGGCAGAGGCCGGAGGACAUGACCACCGACAGGAGGGCGUACCGGAUCGACCCGAGCAACCCCGGGUCGGACCUCGCCGGGGAGACCGCCGCCGCCAUGGCCGCCGCCUCCCUCGUCUUCCGCCGCCACGACCCCGCCUACUCCGCCGAGCUCCUCCACCAUGCCCAACAGCUAUUUGAGUUUGCGGACAAAUACAGAGGGAAAUACGACGGCAGCAUCACCUUGGCCCAGAAGUACUAUCGAUCAGUCAGUGGUUACAACGAUGAGCUGUUGUGGGCAGCUGCGUGGCUGUUCCGGGCAACAAACAAUCAAUAUUACUUGGAGUACCUGGGCAAGAAUGGCGACUCCCUUGGUGGGACUGGAUGGGCCAUGACUGAAUUCAGCUGGGAUGUCAAGUAUGCCGGUGUUCAGACGCUUGUGUCGAAGAUUCUGAUGCAAGGGAGAGCAGGUCACUAUGCACCGGUAUUCGAGAGGUACCAGCAGAAGGCGGAGUACUUUAUGUGCUCGUGCCUCGGCAGAGGGACUAGGAAUGUCCAGAGGACACCCGGCGGUCUCAUGUUCCGCCAGCGGUGGAACAACUUGCAGUUCGUCACCAGUGCCUCAUUCCUGAUGACUGUCUAUUCCGAUUACCUCGCGUCUUCUAGAAGGAACUUGCACUGCUCCUCGGGUGCCAUCGCUCCUUCUGCGCUCUUCUCGUUCGCAAAAUCACAGGUGGACUAUAUUCUUGGGGACAACCCAAGAGCAACAAGUUACAUGGUGGGGUAUGGAACCAACUACCCGAGGCAAGUCCACCACCGGGCUUCUUCGAUCGUCUCUUUUAAGGUCAACCCCACAUUCGUGAGCUGCCGAGGAGGCUAUGCAACCUGGUUCAGCAGAAAGGCCGGCGAUCCGAAUCUCCUGACUGGUGCAAUAGUCGGCGGACCUGAUGCCUAUGACAAUUUUGCAGACCAGAGGAACAACUACGAGCAAACCGAGCCAGCCACAUACAACAAUGCACCUCUCCUCGGCGUGCUUGCAAGGCUAAGUGGAGGCCACGGCGGAUAUAACCAGCUUCUUCCAGUUGAGCUUCCUGCCCUAAAACCGAUUGUUUCGCGACCAAAUCCAGUCCCAGCCAUCACUAGUCCAGUUGCUGUAGAGCAGAAGUUGACCUCGUCUUGGAACAGCAACGGAAGAACUUACUACAGAUACUCAACAAUUGUGACAAACAAGUCUGAUAAAACUCUCCAAAACCUUCGGUUUUCCAUAUCCAAGCUCUAUGGGCCCCUGUGGGGUCUCACAAAAUCUGGUGAUUCGUACACUUUCCCUUCGUGGCUCCGCUCAUUGCCAGCCGGAAAAAGCUUCGAGUUUGUCUAUAUCCACUCUUCUUCUCAGGCAGAAGUUUCGAUCUCAAACUACACCUUGGAAUAGGUAUUGAAUCACCUAUGCAACUACGGCAAUCCGAAGUCAGAAGACUAAAGAAGAGGUUUGCGCAGUUGAAGUGUAAGGAUUGUGCAGCUAUAGUAUUGGCAUUCGAAGAAAAAGUCAGUGCUUUUUUCGUCCAUUUAGUUUUUUUAAUUUCUUGAGUGAAAUGUGAUUAUGGAGGUGUCGGAUGACACUGGAAUAAACAAAGGUUGAAGAUGGAAGGCAAGAAAGGAGUGAAGAGACAGAAUGCUAAGAAAGGAGAGCUCAUCCUCUUUCUCCUGCCACUUCACCUGCUGCUAUAUAGAGACAUUGGAAAGGUGAUGAUAGAGUGGAAAAAAGCUUUGAGAGGUCAAAAGAAUGGUUUCACAACAACAGGUUACAAAAGAGUGUUUUCUUUUUUUUCCUUUUCUAGCAUUAGACAGAAGAUUUGGUUGUCUGUUUUGUGUUGUGUGGUGUUGCCAAUGCUGUUGUAAGCUCUGCAACAUAACUUGUUUCUUCUGCAAGAAAUUGUGUAACCUCUGUCCUUGCAAUGACCCAGUUUCUUAUUUCUUUGCAACAA